UGCUUUCCCAAGCAACACAAAGCCUACAAUGCGUUACGAUUCAAAGAUCCGAGUCUCCAGACGGUGGAGGUUACGUGAUUCGCGUGGUAGGAGCUGCUCGAAGGUGCAUUGUUCGAUGGUUUACUCCAAAACUGGAUCACUUCAUAUUUCAAAAACAAACAAUUUAAGUGAAUUCGUGAUAAUAAAUAAAUCAUCUUUGUCAGUGACAGUUUGCGCGCAGCCAUAUGCAAAUAUGAUGUUAAACAGCUGAUCACGCGUGACAGAUAGCUGGAUGCUCAAACGUCGCCUCUCACCGUUUUUUCACGAGUCCUACGCGCAUAUGUGUACGUAUCGCUGAUGCACGUGGUUGUGUGUAUGACAGGUCAUAGUAGGUAGGUGAAGUCAUACAUCCACCUUCACAGGUGGUCCGUUUUUCAUUAUCGCCGUGCGCUUCGCCGCGUGUUGCUCUAUCCGCUUCGUCCCAGUAGCCCUUUUACACGAGAUCAUGAGGACUUUGUUUGCGAUUCAUCCUGCGUCGCUGGCGCUCGUAUUCACGGUCACUGCCAUUGGCGGCAAUUACACAGAUAUCAAUCUACCGCACGCCCACAUCAAGUAUUAUUUUAACUCCUUUCCCACGGUAGCAGAAAAAUGCCGCAACGACGCAGCUUGUCCGUAUAAGAACAGUCUCGACACAAAAGCCUGUUGGGGCUACGAAGAAGACUGCAAAAUAGAAAAUUCUUUUUCCAUCCCACACUGUCCAGGAGAUCACAAGGGAUGGGUCGCUACAAAAAAAGCUCAAUUAGAUACAUAUUAUGCACAAGGUGAUUUCGGAUACGUGCGCGAUCAGAGGAGAGAGAUGAUGCUAUUAUGCGAGCCAUUAUUUGUGGACGACUCGUCCUUAGAAUGUUCGGAGCAUAUGAGGUUCUGCAGAGCGAGAAACGUGAUGCUAAAUUUCACGGAUUUGUUGAAUCGCAAGGAACCUAUACGAUAUAAAAUGGACGUUUUACGAGAAGGUCAAAUUGGCGGCUAUUGCACGCUGAACGAAAAAAGAAUGCAAGAAAAUGCGGAUCAUAUCAGCCCAUUGCAAUCUUGGGGACCAGAAUUGCGAAAUUUUCGAAAACUGCACCACCGGCCAAUCAUUCACGGUGACUGCGAGAUUGUCAUUGAAAAACCGACCUUUAUUAUGAAAAUAGAUGCCAUCUUAAAUAUGUAUCAUCAUUUUUGCGACUUCUUCAAUUUGUACGCAUCAUUGCACGUGAAUCUCUCGCACCCAUCCGUCUUCGACACAGAUAAUCAUAUCAUGAUAUGGGAAAGUUAUAGUUACCGCUCGGCGUUCCAAGAUACUUUCGAAGCAUUCACAAAAAAUCCAUUGUGGGAUCUAAAAACAUUUAAAGGCAAAACAGUAUGUUUCAAGAAUCUGGUGUUUCCCUUAUUGCCGCGAAUGAUUUUUGGGCUGUACUACAACACACCACUUAUUUAUGGCUGUGAAAAAUCCGGAUUGUUCAAAGCUUUCAGCGAUCAUGUGUUACAUCGACUUCGAAUACCUCUUCAUCAAAGAAAAGAUCGAAAAAUUCGCAUCACAUUACUAAGUAGAGAUACUCAGUAUAGGAAAAUAUUAAAUGAAAAUGAAUUGUUAAAAGCUUUGAAAGAAAAUCCGGAGUAUAAAGUCAAAAAGGUAGUAUACAAUAAAAAUCUAUCAUUCAGAAAGCAGUUGGAAAUCACUAAAAAUUCUGACAUUUUUAUUGGCAUUCAUGGUGCCGGAUUGACGCAUCUAAUGUUUCUACCAGAUUGGGCGGCAUUGUUCGAAAUAUAUAACUGCGAAGAUCCUAAUUGUUACAAGGACCUUGCACGACUAAGAGGCGUGAAAUAUUUUACGUGGGAAGAUACAUCAAAAUUAAUACAACAGGAUCCAGGAACGCAUCCCGAUGGCGGAGCUCAUGCUAAAUUUACAAACUAUAGCUUCGAUGUUAAAGAAUUCCUGAGAAUUGUCUCGCUUGCAAGAAAUCACGUAAAACACCAUAACGCUUUUAACAAAUUUAUCAACAAUUUUCACAAUGAAAUGCAAAAUGGCACUAAGACGAUGGAGAAUAAAAAAUCGGCACAGUCUUCUAACACAAAAGAAUCGAUUGAAUUGCAAAAGUCUAAUAUAUUUUACAAAGAUGAACUGUGAACAAAAUUUAGGUAUUAAAUUUAAAAAAUUUAGACACGUUAAUAAAACGGAUUGAACAGCGUAAUCUGAAAUGCAGUAAACUAUUUGUAUUAAAUAAAUUUUUUUUUACUUAUUUUUAUAUUACUGUACAUUUUAAUAAAUAAAUGACGUGAUUUUGUCGAUAUGUUUGAGUUGCAUUUGGCAGUAUUUUCUUUUAAUUGCUAAUUCUUAAUUAUAAAGUUUAUGUAAUAUCUACGUAAUAUUUAGUUAUAUGUCAAUCUUUGGCCAUAUAAGAAAUCACAUAAUUUAUAAUAAAAAAUUGUUAUCCAUACAUGUUUAAGUACAUAUGUAAUCAUCAUUAGCAAUAUGAAAACAAACAUUU